CAGCUGCUGCGGAGCCACAGAUCAGCAGGAAAACCGCGUCCUGGUCCGGGUUUCACUCAGAUCCAGUGCCUCCUCUCCGACCCUCCGUCAUGCUCUCCCCGGGACUCUGCGUGUCUCUGCUGGCCGUCUCCUGCGCGCUGUGGCCGGCUUCGGUCCGGGCGGCGUCCUGCGAGCCGGUCCGGAUCCCGCUGUGCCGGUCCAUGCCGUGGAACAUGACCAAGAUGCCGAACCACCUCCACCACAGCACGCAGGACAACGCGGUUCUGGCCAUCGAGCAGUUCGAGGGGCUGCUGGGUACUCACUGCAGUCCAGAUCUGCUCUUCUUCCUGUGUGCGAUGUACGCUCCCAUCUGCACCAUCGACUUCCAGCACGAACCCAUCAAGCCCUGCAAGGCGGUCUGCGAACGGGCCAAAUACGGCUGCGAACCGGUGAUGAAGCGCUACAACCACAGCUGGCCGGACAGCCUGGCCUGCAGCGAGCUACCGCUGUACGACCGCGGAGUCUGCAUCUCACCUGAGGCCAUCGUCAAGGCAGAAGGACCAGAUCCAUAUCACCAGGAUCCGUCCAGGUGUAACCCAGAAUCCAGUCCAGACUUCCCAAUGGACUCCAACAACUUCCACUGCAGAGGACCAAACGGAGAUCGCUGCAGGUGUAAGGCGGUCAGAAUGUGCAUGAAAACCUACCUGAAGAACAACUACAACUACGUGAUCAGGGCGAGGGUGAAGGAGGUGAGGAACCGAGGUCUGGAGCCCACAGCGGUGGUGGACGUCAAGGAGGUGCUGAAGUCUUCUCUGGUCAACAUCCCCAAAGAGACGCUGACGCUCUACUACUCGUCCUCCUGUCUGUGUCCUCCUCUGACUCCAGGGGACGAGUACCUCAUCAUGGGCUACGAGAACGAGGAGACUUCCAGGUUGCUCCUGAUUGACACCUCCAUCGCUCAGAAAUGGAAGGACAAAAUGGGCAGGAAGGUCAAGAGAUGGGAUCAGGUCCUGCAGGGAAAAAGCCGAGCACCUAAUCGCCGGAGUCGCCACUGAGAUCUGACUGUUGGUGUGCAUGUGUGUGAUUGUGUAUGUGUGUGUGAGUGUGUGUGUGGUUGUUUGUGUGUGUGUGUGUGUAGAUAUUGCACUAUCACAGGCUGUUGUAGCUGAAUGUAGUUCAUCUCUUCAUCUAUCAGACUGUUUGUUUUUUUUUUUUGUCAUUUAUUUUCUUUGCACAGACAUUAUUUAGUGUGCGUUUAGUGUGUGUGUGUUUGUGUGUCUGAGUGUGUGUGUGUGUGUGUGUGUGUUUGUUUAUGCACCAGAAGCACUCGGUAAAGACCAGAAAGGGGGUGGAGCUUUAAAGCUGUAGUAAACCUACGCACAGCCAUACAAUAUGUACGUGACACUUUUUUAAUUUUUUUGGAAGAAAUUUCUUUGCAGUGGUGGCGGCCAUGUUGGCUCCACAAAGGCUCCAGUUUCUAAUAACCCUGGAUAUCACCAUGGCAACAGGAUAGAAGACAUUUAAAUGACAGAAAAGCCAUUUGGACUUGGACAUUUGGACAGAAAUUUACUGAACUCUGCAGAAAAUGAAAGAAAAUUAUCCACUCUUUGUUCAGACGGCAGCAGAGAGAAACGUCAACAACAACAGCUGGAGGAACAACAGCAACCUGGGAAAUCCAGCUGUGGAUGGAUUACUGAACCGGCCUACAAGGACCAGACCCAGAGACAUUAGGUGUCAGGCCUCUGUAUGUGGUAGCUGUAAACAUUUUGUUUAAGGAAACUCAAUCGUGUAACUGCAAAAAUAUGCAAAGUGACUGAAAAUACACACAAAACGACUACAAAGACACUCACAGCCUUUAAGUAAUCGGUACAAAAUCCUGAGGUUGACCAUAAGAAGGCACAAAAUGUCAACAAAGACAACAAAUUACAAAAAAGAGAAACAAACUGACAGUCAAGAAACACAAAGUGACUAAAAAGACAAACGAAUAAAAUACAUGUGAAAUGAUUGCAAAGAGAAACAAUAUUACACCAAAGACACACAAAUCAACUACAAAGAACAAUGAAAGCAAACAAAGACACAAAAUGACUAUAGUGAGAAACAAGGUCACUAGAAAGACACAAAGCGAACACAAAAUCACGAAAGAGAAACAAAGUAACUAAAAAGACACAUAAAUGACUCCAAAGACAGACGGAAUGACAAAAACUUACAAAUGAAAUAACUGCAAAAAGACAGCAGAGAGCUACAAAAAGGCAAAAUCACUACAGUGAGACACAAAACAACUACAGAGGGACACAUCAUGGCUACAAAGACUCACAAACUGAGUCCAAAGAGACACAAAAUAACUACACAGGGAUGCAAAUGACUACAAAAUUUCAGGAAAGAUGUCAAGGUGACAGAAAAUUACCACAAAGAGACACAAUAUGGCUAUAGUUAGAAACAAGAUUGCUACAAACAAACAAAAAGAUACAAACGUUCAAUAAAGAGACACAAAUUGACUAAAAAUACACAUAAAAUGACUACAAAGACACACAAAAUAACCAAAAAAUGUAUAUAAGCUGACCACAAAGAGUCACCAGAGGACGACAAAAAGACAAAGUGACUACAAAGACACAAAAUCACUACAAGCAGGGACACAAAAUGGCACAAAAACACAUCAAAAAGACAGAAAAUGAUUACAAAGACACACGACUACAUAGGCACACAAAAUGACUUCAAAUAGACACAGAACAACUACAAAGCGACUACAAAGCAAUUACAAGGACACACAAAACUAAAAAAUACACAUAAAAUGACUACAGAGACACACAGAAUGGCAGAAAAAUGCUUAUAAGAUGACUGCAAAGAGACACCAGAGGGCUACAAAAAGUCAAAGCUACUACAAAGACACAAAGUGACACCAAAGAGCUGCAAAAUAACUACAAAGAGACCAAAAAUUACCACAAGGAGACACAACGGUACCACAUAGUGCCCUUGUAUUUCACAGUGUGGCUGUUGGGUCCAUCCAUUUGUUGGACAGAGUGGAAUUAGAUUUGGUUGGAUUUUAAGCUUCUUUUUUUUUUUUUUUAAAUAAGUUGUUUUUUUACAUCCUGUUACAACAUUUAAAGACACAAAAUGCUUGUUUGUGAUGCGUUUGUUGGUACUGGAAAGGGUGGAAUGUUGGAAAAGUGUAAAUUACAUUUCUAUUAAAUCUGCACAACAGGUCACCGUUACAGUUUGUAUUUUUUAUUUUUUACUACUGUGGCAUCAGCUUGUUUUCUGAGUAAAAUAUUAGAAAAUAUUAUUUGUCCUGUUGGCAUGACGACCCACUGGAGGCUAGAAAGUCCCACAAUUUUUUACUAUUUAUAUUUGCAAGUAGAGCAAAAAUUGUUAAAGAGCAUCAACACUGUGUGUGUCUGAAAUCACCUCGUUUAUAUCACAUUUUUCUUCCUAACUUUGUUUAUCAAUAGUUUUUUAGUAAUAUCAUUAAUCUAUUGACAUUGAACCUGAACACAUGCAUCAGCCGGUAAACAAGACUCACAGGGAUUAGGGGAAUCUCUGUGUGAAGUGACUGAUAAUAUUUCUUGUUUGAAAGUUACAAAGUUCAGCUACAAGGCUGCAAAGACAACACAACUCUCAAAAAGAUGCAAAAUGACCAUAAAGGGGUGCACAUAAUUACAAACUAACACAAAAUAACCACAAAAUGGUGCAACAAUGACCACAAAGGGACACAAAACAGCCAUAAAGUGAAGAAAAACAAACACAAUGGGUCACAAAAUGACUGCAAAUGAUGUAAAAAAAAAAAAAAAUCUGCAGACACGCAAAACAACCACAACUAAGCAAAAUUAAUGAACAGUUCAGCAUAAAGACCAGUAAAUGAAGCAACAGAAAAACAACUGGAUGCAAAAUGACCACACAGCAAAGAAACACAUCUGCAAAGACAGGAAUAACCGCAAAAACUGGGCACAAAAGUCAAGGAAAAAUAACUACAUAAUGAAGAAAGAUGAGCAACAGAAUGCAAAACUGCCAAAAAGAGACACAAAACUGUCACAAAGAGAUGCAAAAUAACCACAAUUUGUCCAAAAAAAAUGGAGCAAAGUGGCCCAAAAUGAUGAAAAACAUCUUCAAAGAGACAAAACGGCAGCAAUUGAACAAAAUGACCAAACAGUUAAGCUUUAAGACCAAUAAAUGAAGCAAAAGGCCCAUAAUUAGAUACAUUUGACUGAUUUAAGAUUUACCGUUUAUCUAAUGGGAUAAAAGGUAAAGAAGGAAAAAAAACAUACAGUUUGUUUCCUGACAUCCAGGAACCACGAACAGCUGAAAUCCUGACAAACGUUUUCCUAUUUUUAGCCUGAACUUGCCAUCAGUGGAGGAGGAUUCAACCCAGAUGAGUCAGAACAAUCAGCAAGAAACGUGAAAAAAAAAAUCUUAACAAAUCUUUUACUCAUCUAUUUCUAAAUUUCCUGACAGAUGAAGGUCAAAUGAGAGCAAAAUGUGUCAAAACUUCUCUGUGUUAGUUUUAUUUUUGUGCAAAAUGAUACGAGGGAAGCCUCAAGUUUGAUAUUUUCUGUAAUUUUCUAUUUUUUUGUACAAAUUUUGGCACAGAUUAAACAAAAGAGUGCUAAUGUGUUUAAUUGGAGAGCUGAAUGAACAUCUCAUUCCACCACACUGAUUCCAGCCGGUCUUCACCUUAAAAUGGCAUUUUAAAAGCUGACUCUGCUGUCAGUAAUUUUGCAGAAAGUCACAUGUAAUGCAAUAAAGUCACUUAGGAAGCUUCUUCACUGCAGACUUUUUGACAUUUUUUCUCCAGGAAACAGCUCUAAUCGAUCCAGGACAGUAAAAAGUCAAAGUGUCUGCAGUGAAGAAGAUCAGAAGAAGUCUGUUGUUGGAGACAUUCUGCUGUCUGAACCUCAUUAUCACAGCAACUCUGUCUAUGUAAACACACUAACACGCAGUACUACAGUACUCCUGUCUGCAAACUAUACUAACACUGCAAUAUUUUUCAACUCUGGAGUUUUCAACCAUUAAAACGUGAUUUUAAACUA